AUGGUUAGUAUGAAAGGUCCGAACAGCGAAACAUGCCCCUGUAGUCGUGUGGUACCAGAGAAUGAGACGAUGUCAAAAACUUCGGUCAAUGACGAAGCAAUAGUUUUAUCGGAACAAGAGACUGCACUACUGGCGAAGCUUGUGUCACCAGUAAUUACACAAGAAACUGAUCAAGUCGCCUUUUCAACCCCAACGAUGGAAUCAAGUGGUGGCUUGGAAUCUUUGCAUCCAGAAAAGCGACUGCCUCACUCUGAAGGCAAUGAAGUUGGUGUAGAAACGAAUGAAGAGACUCAAGAUGAAUCAAAACAAGCCGAUGGUGUAGAGAUCAACACGAUCAAAGUGACUGAUUCGACAGAUGAGGCCGUCAAGACUUACAGCUGGAAGGUAGUGGGAUCGUUAGCAGUACUAGCAAAGUCGAUGAACGCUCAUUCAAUCGACAUUUACCACGACCGGAAGCUUAACACCAGUCGCUUUAUGAUCCACCCGAAUUCAAAAUUGCGUAGAGCAUGGGAAAUAAUGACUGCGUGUUUGGUUCUAUAUGUCUGCGUAAUGAUUCCGCUCAUUAUUGGGUUUCAAUUUUACGAUUGGACUCAUUUGAACGGCAUGAACAUAUUUAUUGAUGUCUAUUUCGUCACAGAUAUGGUGAUGACAUUACGAACGGGUAUUGUGUCUAAUGGUGAGGUGGUCAUGGAUCCCAAAAAAGUAGCGCACAAGUACUUGCACUCAUGGUUCAUAGUUGAUCUUAUCUCCAAUUUUCCAUUGGUGCUGUUUGUACAAUCGUCGGGUAAAUCUUUGAAAAUCGUUAAGUUACAGAAAAUUCCAAAGCUGCUUCGAAUCGGUCGAUUACUGAAGUAUCUUCGCGAGUACGCCAAGUAUUACAAUCUCAUUGUCAGUUUUCUGGGUCUGGCCAUGGGGUUGCACCUUUUUGCCUGCUUAUGGGUUAGUUUGUUCAAUGAGUGUACGAAUUCUCGCGGUGAAGUAGUUUGCACUGAAGACGAGUUUGCACCUUUAUACACUCAAUGUGUUCACAUCAUCAUGCUUAUGUUUUUGGGAAUUGGCGAAAGUACGCAAUAUGCGAGCAUUGCGAAAUUAAAGAAUCCUGAGACUGAAGCGACAAUCGAGCUCUACUACAUGAGCCUCGCCGUGUUUAUGCUUGGAACUAUAUUCUCUUCUUUUCUCUUCGGCAAUGUUCUUGCUCUUCUUAUGAGUUGGGACCAGCAAAAAGCUCAAUAUAGAAAUCGGAUGGACAUGAUUAAAGCUGAGAUGAAAUAUUAUGAGCUGCCGGAAGAGCUGCAACAUCGUGUUCGAAGAAACUACGAUUAUUUGUGGAUAAAUCAACGCGCAUAUUCAGACAUGAUGCUACUUAACCAGCCCGGCAUUUCAAAACCGCUUAAAACGACUAUCGCGUUGCACCUGUACAAAGACUUGCUAAAGACCGUGCCAUUUUUUGCUGGAUCUGAUUCACGAUUUUUGGGCAAAGUGUGUCUUGCUUUGGAAACUGCAGUUUAUCUGCCAGGUGAUACGAUCAUUUACUGUGAUGAUAUUGGAAAAGAAAUGUUCAUUGUUCGCAAGGGGCUCGUGGAAAUUUUGAUUCCAGAUCCCGAAAACUCAGAAAAACGAAUAUAUCUGCGUGACGGAAACUUUUUUGGAGAAACAGCACUUGUGAUUGACGUGCGUCGAACCAAUACUGUGCGAGCUGUCAAUAUUUGCGAUCUAAAUGUAUUAAGCAAACAUGCAUUUGACGAAAUCGCGGCAGAGUAUCCUGAGUUUGGAGAACGCAUGAAGCGAACAGUGAUUAAACGACAACUUGAUAACAUGAACAUACAAUCUCCGAUCGAAAAAGCAAAGGCGCAUACUCAACUUACUUUGGUCGUGGAAAAAUCACUCAAGCAGAGGAGAAUGUCGUUAUCAUUACGUACUAUUUAUCGCGCCAAGAAACUUGGGGACAAACUCAAAGAUAUUGCUGAUCGUGCGUCUAAGCCUGUGCACCGCCUGUCUCGUGUUGUAAAUUCUAGACAAAGUCGGAUACGUCCUCUUAAACAUGAAGACUUACAAGUCAAAUUGCCUUUGGAGUCAUCAUACGGUGGAGAUAGCACUCGUGAUUUUGCGCAGAUUUCUGGUCUAAUUAAAUCUUUGAGCACCCACACUUCGUCCUACAAGCGGUCAAUACUAACGAUGCAUCGCGCAAAUUCGGGACCUUCACGAAGAGGGUCAAGUUUUAACGAAACAACUGGUCAUCGCCGAACUCUUGAUUAUGGACGUACAGAUUCACCACAGGAUUCGGGUCCAGCAACCCUAGCUGACAUCUUAGCCAUGGUUGAACAUAUACGGCAGACAACCGAGUUGUUAAGUCAUCGAUUGGGAUCAAUUAAUGAUUUGGAAGACGAAGACGAAGAUGAUUAUGAGUACGAUGACACGUUCAGUGAUGAUAUGCCUCGAUCUCAUAUGAGCUACCAACAUUUUUCGCCAUUAACCGAGGAAUCUGAAGACGAAAUGGCUCGCCGCGAGAGCAACAGCAUUUUUGUUCCUGACACGAAAAAUUUUCGGCCGGAAUAG